AUGAGGACAACGAAAAGAAAAAUGGAAGAAUUAGCCUGAAGAAAAGAAAGAGGGUUGUGGAUGAUAAAGAUGAGAACAACCUCUGGCGUGUAAAAUGUGGAACCAAAAUGGGCAUCUUGCAUAAAGAGAAGAUGAGCAAAGGUGAGGCAUGUAUUGAGCGUAAAGGCUCCUUUUACACUCCACCUGAGUUUGAGAAGCUUGCAGGAAAAGAGCCAUGUAGAAAAUGGAAGUCAUCUAUUUGCCACAAAGGAAAAACUCUACGCUUUUGGUUCAAGAAAGGUGAGCUAACCACUACCGGAUAUAGACAAAAGAAAAGAAAACAACAAUCAUCAGACCUUGAGUCCCACGAACUCUCAACAGAACCCAAGGAAGAUCAUGAUGAAGAUGAAGAUGGAGAAGAAGAUGAUGAGGAUAUGGAUGAAGAUAAUGAGCCUGACACUAAGAAAACGAAGAUGAAGAUAUGA